GGCUGCCCGGGAAGUUUAUAGCCUCCCAAACACGCUCGUAGACUCAACGGUUUUUGGCGCACUGUGUUUUAAAUACAAACGCGGAGGCCAGCUACGCUUCAACUCUCCAUAUUCGCUCGUUUUUUGUGCUGUUUUAGGUGUUUAGUUAGCCGCCAGAGUCGCCGCGGAAUGACGUCAGGACGUAUCACAGAAUGAGGACGCUGUUUGAUCAUUAUAAAAAAAAUCAGCCAUAAAAAAAAAAUCUGAAUUAGGUCAGGGAAGUGAUACAAUGGCCGUAACUGGGGUUCUUGUAGUAGCGCCACUGUGAGACGCGCAGGCCGGGGCGUGGAGCAACCUGUCAGGGAGAGGAGCGAGCGUGUGUCCCGGUGAUUGUAGCAUCUACAGACCGAGCUGCAGCCCUCAAACCGGUUCGCUGGGAGCCACAAGAAGCGCCGGGGCUUCAUGCUCAGCCGCCGCUCGGACACCACCGCAGCCGGGAGCCGGGAUAUUCCAGCCUCACCAGAUUUGGGAGCAGCAGCAGCGCGUUCAUGAGUGCAGUUCCAGUCGUCUGGUCUUGAGUCUUGAUCAGAGUCUGACAAUGUCAAGUCGCAGAAAAUCCACAGUCCCUUGUAUGGUUCUGCCCUCUGAUGUCGUGGGGCAGGUGGAGGAGAAAAGAGAGGGUCAAAAGGAGGAAGAAGGAAAGGGCGAUGUGGAUGCAAUUAAGGAGUCAGUGGAGGAGACACGGAUUUCUGAGGAGCCGCUUCCACCGGUGGUGGCUCCUGCUCCCUGUGACCAAGAAGAGCCUUCAGCUCAGACUGCAGCCGACCCCAUGGUCGUCAACCCCUCACUGAAGUCGAGCACAGCAAACCCUCCCGAUCGACCCAGCGGUGACGAGUCAAACCAAGAACCAACAAGUGUCAAGGCGGAGGUCGGCACGGAUCCUGCGACCGUGUCCGCCAUCUCACUCAGCAAGACCCCCAUUAUGAGGUUGAAAGGCAAGUCUGAACCAAAGAGGAUAGCCGUGUCCUUGAAAUCGGCAGAAGAAGCAGCUGAAGGUUUCGGGGGAGCCAAUGAGGGCGACGUAGGAGGAGACCAGGAGCCCAUCGAGGCUCCGCUUGGGCAAAUGACCCCAAUGGAGAUGCUGCUGCACGACUCCAUGAAGCUCGGAGGAGGAGGCCUGCUGGUCAGUCAGCCUUCAGAACCGCAGAGGAAGACGCCCAUUCUGAACCCCACGGUUCUCCCUGCUGGCCUGGCACAAGUUCUCUCGGCAUUUCAAGCCCAGCAGACCGCUGCAGCAGCUGCAGCUCAGCAUCAGCUUCUGAUCCCCCUCAGCAGCAUCCCGUCGUACAGCGCAGCGAUGGACACCAACCCUCUGCUGGGCAGCACCUAUAAGAGGUUUCCGUACCCCUCGUUGGCUGAGAUCAGUAGUCUGGCCGCUCAGACGCAAUUCACCGAGGAGCAGAUUAAGGUUUGGUUCUCAGCCCAGCGGCUGAAGCACGGCGUGAGUUGGACCCCGGAGGAAGUGGAGGAGGCCAGGAGGAAGCAGUUCAAUGGUACCGUGCACACAGUGCCUCAAACCAUCACUGUUAUACCAGCCCACCAACUGUCAGCGGCCGCCAACGGGCUGCACUCCAUCCUGCAGACAUGCCAGUUGGUGGGCCAGCCGGGCCUGGUGUUCACUCAGGUGGGCCCAAGUGGAAACCUUCCAGUGAACAACCCCAUCACUCUGACAGUAGCCGGGCUGUCUGGUCAGUCUCAGACCCCCAGCCGAGUCCCCUGCCCACCCACCCCGACAAAUAGUGAUCUCAAGCGGGCCACGACUGUCCAGCCUCCCUCUCUUUCCCCACAGGAAAACUCUGCCCUGAGCAUUGAUACUUUUGGUUUGAGGCCUAAGAAGUCCAAAGAGCAGCUUGCAGAGCUGAAAGCCAGCUACCUUAAAAACCACUUUGUCAGUGACGCCGAAAUUGCCCGCUUGAUGAAGAUCACCAACCUGACGAAAGGAGAAAUCAAAAAAUGGUUCAGUGACACGAGAUACAAUCAACGCAACUCCAAGAAUAGCCAUGUCAUUGUGUUCCACGACGGAGGAGGCAGAGGAGUCGGUAGCAGCUCUGCUUCUACGCCCAUCAUCAUCGACUCCAGCGAUGAGACCCCCACAUCUCCUCAUCCUCCACACGCGCCCUUGGUCAAGGAGACAAGGUCAAAGUCCUGGAAUCCAUUCCCAGACUUCACUCUGCAGAAGUUUAAGGAGAAGACGCCGGAGCAGCUGGUGGUGCUGGAGGAGAGUUUCGAGAAGAACGUCACACCGUCGGACGAAGAGCUGACCCGCCUCAGAACAGAGACCAAACUCACACGGAGAGAGAUCGACGCCUGGUUCACUGAGAGGCGGAAAAUGCCCUCAAUCAUUGCUACUUCUCCAGUCUCACCAGAUACAGGAAAUGCUGAGACUGAAGGAGAUCCUGCUGCAGAAGGUGAAGGGACCUCCUCCGGGAGAGGGAGUCAGACUCCCCCUGGUGGCCGCAGUAAGCAUAUGCCCACAACUAGUUGUACCAGUAAAGACUUCAAGGAUAAGUGUAAAAAGACACCAGAGCAGCUUCAUAUUCUAAAAAGUGCCUUUGUUAGGACCCAGUGGCCCACGCCAGAGGAGUACGACCAGCUGUCCAAGGAGAGCGACCUUCCACGCUCCUACAUUGUCAGCUGGUUUGGGGAUUCUCGAUAUUCAUGGAAGAACGGAAACUUGAAGUGGUUCUUCCAGUACCAAAGUGGCAACGUGGAGGGGCCCAACGGAUCGGGGGGUGGCAGGAUGGGCAGCGGCCGUAAAAGAAGGGGCAGGAAUCGGGGUUGGGGCCGUUCCCGAACACGGAAGCAGCCGCGGAGGUCUGCCUCCUCCAGCGCCGACGUUGACAGAGCUCCCCCCAUGAAGAAGUACAAGACUGGAAGGGAUAUUCUGAAGGAGUACUACCUGAAGCAUGGCUUCCUCAAUGAGCAAGACCUGGACGAGCUUGUCACUAAGACCAACAUGAGCUACGAAAGGGUAAGGGAGUGGUUCGCUGAAGUCCAGCGGCGCCUGGACCUGGGUCUGGAUCCGUUCCAGGUGCAGGCCGAUCAGAAGGACAGAGAUUUUGGGGGCAGUCAGUCAAAGGGGGAGUCGUCUACUGCCUCAGGGGAUCUCAGCACCGCUUUGGGAGACGAGGACGAUGAAGAUGACGAAGACGAAGACAAUGAUGGCGACGACACGGACGACAGUGAGGUUUGGGAGCCAUCGCGUAGCGUCAGGAAGUCGCUGUCAGUCUCUGAAGACUAGUGAUUGUUGGUGCCCAGGUGUGGAAUGUUACAUGACUUAUACUGUUCUAAUUACUGCUGGAAGUACGACAACAGUUUGUUCAUUUGAUUUGAUUUUUUUUUUUUUUUUUUUUUUUCACGUGCGGUUUGUUCCUUACGAAUAUAUACCAGGUGUGGAAGGGAUGACAGUUUUACACACCCGGCUAUAACUAAUUGGCAUCCCAAAAUAUUACAGGUUACCUGUAAUUUCAAAUUAUUAAUGGCAAUAUAAUAACUGAAGAUGCCUAUGAAACAUUGUUACCGUUGAGGGUUAGCAUCUAGACGCACACUCUUUCGCUAAUGUACGGUGUUUAUUUCACCGAAAUCGAUUUGCACUUGUUGUGAUGCUGCAUUUCCUUGAAAAGGAGUGUUUGUUACAUGUUUACAAUUGAGAGGUAAUGUACCCCCCUCCCAAACCUGACACUGCUGUGUUAACGUGGCACUGCCAAGUCCUAAAUUUCACUCGCCCGAGCGUUUUUUUUAAACAGAGAGAGGGAGAGGUCUUUCGUGACACUAAAACAGUUUUGAUCUCUGUGGUCAGCUUAAGGCUACGUUCACGUUUCCAUCAGUAAUUCUGAGUGUCGUAUUUAACACUGGCCAGCAGGGGGCCACAUAUUCAAGAGAAAACAUGCACUGUCCUCCCGUUAACGAUCUUUUUUUUUUGGAUCUUUCUCGUGAGAAGAUGAUGAAGGUGCCAUGUCGUAAGAAUUAUACCUACACCGUAAGUUAGUUUCCCCGAGUUUGCGAAUGUGAACGUAGCCUGUGAUCCAAUAUUCACAGUUUUCUACUCGUAUAAAUGCUGUAACUUAUGCUGUUUUUUCAAGUCUUCCCUCUUGAAGUGAAUAAUCAGCGUGCUGAUGUACAAAUGCCACAAUAUGUUGAUAUGCACUGGGACGUAGUUUCUUUUUUGUUAAUGGAUUUGCACCUUAGAUAGAACACGCUCUAUCACUAGUCGAACUCCCUUUGAAAGGAGAUCACUGGGGUCUCAGUUUGGUUUGACUGAUCUCGGGGGGGGUUUCCUCUAAAUUUAUUAAGAUGCGUAAGCACCAGCUUCAUCUCUGCUUUCGAUUUUCAAUCAACAUGAUGUCAACCAAAUCACCAACACUUUGCCUUCAAGAAUCCAAAUCUCCAUGACAACCACGAGGCCUAGUAUUCAUGAGAAUUUGCCAAACUAAAUUUCAUAAUCACCGUAUGUCGACCAGAUCAACCAUCAAGCACCAAACGGAAGUAAAAAUGCACUUUUUGCCACACGGUGGCGUGAUCCCCGAUUAGGCACCUUAACGCUAAUAUUUGUGUGGUGACAUGGCUCUGAGAGACCAAAAGUGUUUUGUACGACUACAAUCGAAACCAGUAUUUUGCCUUUAUACCCCUGAUGUGUUUUCAUGGAACAUGAAACCACCUUUUUUUGAGUCUUGUGUUCAGAGUUGGAUGUUUGAAAAAGGUAGGAGAGCAAUCGUGUGCCGCUUUAUUUUGCAAAAAUUGCACAAUUUGAGCCACAUUUGUUGUUUUUUUUUUUUUAUUGUGCUGUGCGUUAAUUGUGUGUCUCUUCACCUGGACGGUUGCCCACCUACUGGCCCGGUUUGAAAUAAUGAAUGCCUACAAGACUCUAUGACGUGCCCGAUUCUGAUGAUGUCAUCAGCAGGUUCUCUGUCAUAAUGAUGGACUCAAAAGACUGAAAAGUGUUUUUCUGCGGGAUGUUGGCGGACGGCUUUUGUCGUGGAAGAGUGCGUUGUGCCCUCAACCAAAUUUCUCAACCAAUGACGAUGAGAACUCACGGAACGGGCUCUCACUUGCACUUCCUCUGGAGUGUGGAAGGGAUUUGAUAAAGCCUUUUUUUCGUAAACCCUUGUGCCUGCACGGCCUGUGGACGUUUGUCUCAUUCCUGGGGUCACAGGAAUUGUCUUUGACAACCAUUUUCUGUCACCUGUCAACAGUACCUACGAGCACCUUCCAACACGCCUGGAGCAUUUUCAUCCUACCAGCUGUAUGAUCAGUAAAUAGGUUAAUAAUGGUCAGAACCUGUGCUGUGACGAGUGCCUGGAUGCUAGCAUCCUCAAAUAAGGUACCCUUCAAGAUCCACACUAAACUGCAUGCAAUAACAGAGUGAAACAACUACUCUUUUCCUGUAUAUACAAGUUUGGGUUUGUAGUGUCCAAACCAUGAAGAAACAAGUGUUUUUGGUGUAACGCUCGAAGCUAGUUUUAGUACCACAGUGACUGCGGUCAUGGACCUUAUUGUUUUCUUCACAACCUUUCCAAACCAAGUGUCAUUUCACCUUCUAUUCAUUCUGGUGGAGUACUGCUUUGAAUUUGGGUUACAUGUUUCAUUUAUUAAUUUUGAGUUUAAAAUGCUGCACCUUUUUUUUUUUUUACCGUUUUGAUGGAAUACAUGAGGUACUCACGGUUUUUCUAUCACCAGCCUGUUUUUAAGGGUUUUAAAGACGGUUCAUAGAGAAGAAAACUGUCAUGACAUUGUUGUCCAACAGCUUGUUAUGACUGACUCAUAUGAUGUAAGAUAGACCAGUGUUUGGAAAUAGCUUUAGAGUUUAGACGGUGCUGCCUGGUCAGAUUGUUGCUACUUUGCAAGCACGUAGAAUCACAACUCAAUAUCUGAAGCUCUUCCUCUUAUCUGCGUUCAUAAUCACAACGCAACAAAUUCCCAUUUUUGCUUUGUUCAGAACACAUCUCAUUUUAUAAAACUGUACCUUAUUGUUAUAACAUCUCGUGUUCAAUUCCUGGCUUCUCACACUUGCAUUUCCUUAGUACUGCCAGCUUUAACUGAAGGAUACGUUCAAGUCUGAGGCUUUAGAAGAUACAAGCACCUUCACUGGCUUAGAUGAAGGGCCAACAUGUUUUUGUUUGGCAGUUUUAUGAACUCUGACUCCAUCUUGCUCGAACAAACUGCAGCUGCUGGCAAUUGUUCUCAUCCCAUAUUCCCCUCACUGUAAAACAAUGGGACCCAACUUGCCUUUAGAAAAGUACUGAAUCGACUGUUAGCGUCGAUACUUUUGUGACAAAAUGACACUUUUGUCUGCAGAAAAGUCACACCUUUUUUAAGCACAAUGUGUGCUAUUUUGUUUCGACCGCAAAUGAUUCCAUAUUCUUCUCCGUCUUCUGUUGGUGAAGAAACCUAGCUGACACAGACCUUUAUUUCAAUUUUUUUGACUCUUCACUCUUGAGUUGUGAUUUUAUCGACACAGAAUCAUCAUGUAUCAUAUUUAUCCCGGUUGUGCUGUAGCGCUAAUGUUGUGGUCCAAGUAGUUCUCUUGCUGUCCCAAUGUGUUUGUGCAAUCUGCCAUGUAUGUAUCCUCCACUAUGCUUAGUCUUGCUCGAUCUCUGUAUUUGAACAGGUUGUUUGAUGAAUGUGUCUGAAAUGAUUUUACAUUUUACAGCUUGCCCAGAUGUUUUUUAGCGUGUUUCACAGAAGAAAACAUUUGACCUGUAAUUUCACUUCAAAUAUUUAAAGCUUUAACUUUAUACAGUAAAACCUGAGCUUCGGUUUUAGAGACUCAUUUUUUUUAUUUUUUUAGUUUACUUAAAAAUAACUCAAACAUGUAUGUUGUUUUGAGUGUCCUUGUGAAAUCUACUGAACUCAUUUUUGUCCCCUUCUGCUUUCAGCCGGCCAGAAAUGAAUUCUGAAACAGUUCUGUUGUCUUCAAAAUGUUUUCAUGUGAAGCAAAGUCAUCAAAAAUGAUUAGCCCACCAGUAAAAUACUCGUACUACAUGCAGCUAUGAGGUUUUAACAGCCAUUUCUAGCAAUGUGCCUUUGAUAACCUGCACCCGGAAAAUCUUUUUUCUGUCUCUUGUAAUGUCUGCACUGGACAUUAGCCAGUAUUCCUGCGUGUCAAAUCCUGGAAACAAAGAAGGGCAUGUCCACGUUAAGCCUUCUGUAUUUAUGGAGUGAGACUAAACUAUUAAAACAUUUCUAGUGAAAAUAGAAUGACCAUUUUGUUUGGAUCAGUAUAUUUGCUGUCUGACACAUUGAGCAGCCAUAUUGGAACGUCAUCCCUCAAACAUUGUUACAUUCUAUACACAGAAAUUCUGGACCAAAUAUGAACUCUCCCUUUAAAUAAUACACAUCUCAUGAUAAUUCUGGCUGGCUGGAAGCAACAGGGGGCGCUAUGAGUCAUCCAUACAAGCAAAAAAACAAAACGAACCCCAACACACAUUAAACUGUCUGUGAAGUUUUAUGAAUUACAGGAACUAUAUUUGCAAACAAAAAUCUCUUGUGCCAGCCUGUCGCUGUUAAAACAAAACAAAAAAAAUAUGUGUGCAGUCAUCAUCUAAAUCUCAACUGUUUGAUGAUCUGGCUUCAUUUUUAGCUUGAUGUAGGAAAGAUUUAUAUUUUAUACUUGUUU